AAUUUUGAUUUUCUUGUUUUUUGUCUUAAUUAUUUUCGUAGAAAAAUGAAAAUAGAAGAAAAAUGUUUUGAUUUUUGUUCCUGUUACGAAUUAAAAAUUCAAAAAUAAGAAUUUUACAUUUAUUCAUUACAAAAUUGACGAGAAUCUGACCACAAGAUGUUUGGUCUAGCCGAAUCCCAAAAGGAUUCUUUUUUGGAGCAAACAAAAAAUGCCCGAGAAGAAAGGGCUUUGGAAAAGAAAAGGGAUAAUGCAGCAAUUAGUAUUCAGUCUUGUGUGAGGGGAUUCUUGGCCCGCAAGAAAUAUAAACAAAAGAUUUUAGAUGACUUCGAUAAAAUUGUGACAAAUUUUCAAUCGGAUGAAUGUGACCAAGAGUUGAGUCCUUGCACAGAAGUUUAUGCUGUGGCAAGUUGUUUUUUGACACUGUUCCAACCAAAUGAUUUGGGUCAACGAGAAAGAUUCGAAAGGCUCUGCAGAUAUGUCAACAAAUCAGUUGAGUCGGAAUCAAUGAAAACAAAUUACGCGAGUUUGUGUUUGCAGAAAAACUCAAGCUUGCAAUGGAUCGCACACAUUAAAAAGUUAUUGAACUAUUGCUGCCUGGUCAUGGAAACACUCAAACCAGAAAAUCAUACUGAUAGCAUCUCAUUGACUCUGUAUUUGCACACUUUGAUUGUAUUCACAUCGCCAAGAUCAUGGGCUUUGAUGCACAACAAAAACAUGGAUAAGAUUCAACCAGCUUUACAGAAAAUAUGUUGCAAUAUACAAGGAUAUUUGAUUAAAAAUUCAUUUUUCCAUUCAAUGAGGUGUAUAAUGCUUAAAGGAUGUGUUCGUGAGGAAUUAUCUUUGAAACCAGUUUCAAUUAAAGCAAUCAUCACCUUAUGCACACGGCCACUUAUUGAUGGUGACUUCAGUGAACCAUUGGUUUCGAAAUUUCUAACCGAAAUUUUAUCUAUCCCUGCGUUGAUCUUACAUUUGGAGUCGAAUGCACCACAAUGCGUAACCCAGUUGCAAUCUAUGAAUAUUCUAAAAAGAGCAUUAAAAAUGUCAGAAACUUCUGGUUGGCAUAAAGAGUUUGUCAAGACAUCAUCGGGAACCAAAUCAUUGGCAUUUUUAGGUAAUCUUGUGAACCUUUUCCACAUCGAAAAUACAGACGAAGCUCGUUUGCUAGCAUAUCCUCAAAUGACUGAAGUAACAACUUAUAUUUUGGAAAAAAUCCCAGAAAGUGUUGGUACAAAAGGAGUAUUUUCACAAUGGCAUGAUUUGCUUGGCUGGUAUACACCAUCACAAGACACGGCCCAAAAUCAAAAUGUUCCUUUGUUAAAGAAACAAUUUCACAUGCUUUGGGGUCACAAAUGUAUAAAAUUGCUGCUCGGAGACGUUCUCAAAGAAAUCAAUAAAAACUUUGAACGCCUCGAAUUUCAGCCUCCUCCUCAAAAUUCUAGUAGCAAUUUGUUGCGUCGAGCACUUGAAAGAAGUUCAACCAAAGGAAGUUUAAAUAAAAAUGGAAAACAAUGGAGAAAAUUGGAUUCACCAGAAUUUAUGAUGGUCGCAAAAGUUUGUUCAAUGUUUUUUGCUGCACUAACAACACUAUCACAAUUGAAACUUGACAUUUUAUCAGGAAUAUGUUAUAAUGAUUCAAUACUAUACGAUCUUUGGCAACUUAUUACUUCGGUUGGGCAGUAUUGUGGUAUACGAGAAUUUGCAGAACUUUUAAAAACCGAUCCCACCGGUUCCCAACCCCAAAUUUAUAUGCUUAUGCUGUUUUCGGAUUGUAUGACGCAUUAUGUUACAAUCUUGGACGAGUACGAGAUGUACACAGAACAGAAACCAUUUUUGUUAAAUGACUUUGUUGGAUUGUCGCAUUUCUUAAACAAUUUUUUGUAUAAGAUUAUUCAGGAUAACAUUUUAGAUCGAAAGAACUUGACACAGUUACCGCUUUUUGUAUCAUUGCACACCCUUCUACUCUGCCUUUACCGCAGAGAUUGCCGUAGACCUUUUGCCCUGCCAAAUCAUUGGCUUAUACAAGAAAUCAAACCUUCGCAUUUUCUAGCCGACUUGGAAAAAGGAAAGAAGCAUGCACAAAUUUUAUUACAAAAAAUGCCGCACAUUAUACCCCAUGAAGAUCGAGUAAAGCUAUUUCGUCGAUAUGUACAAAACGAAAAGGCAGUUCUUGGUCUUACUGAAUCAGCAUGUGCAUCGCCAAGAUCAGCUUUAAUCGUCAUACAUAGGGAACGAAUUGUUGAAGAUGGAUAUCGACAGUUGGCAGCAUUACGUGCACAUGCCUUAAAGGGUGUUAUUCGUGUUAGAUUUAUUAAUCAGCAAGGUCUUCAUGAAGCUGGUAUUGAUCAGGAUGGUGUUUUCAAAGAAUUUCUCGAGGAAACUAUCAAAAGGGUCUUUGAUCCAUCAUUAAAUUUGUUCAAAACAACAUCAGAUGAACGGCUUUAUCCAUCUCCGAUAUCAUUUGUCCAAGACAAUCAUUUGCAACUCUUUGAGUUUGUAGGAAGAAUGCUGGGAAAAGCUGUUUAUGAAGGAAUAGUUGUUGAUGUUCCAUUUGCAUCGUUCUUUUUGUCACAACUUCUGGGUCAAACUCAACAAGCUCUUUAUUCUUGCAUGGAUGAAUUGCCAUCUUUAGAUAAUGAACUCUACAGAAGCUUAACUUUUAUAAAACACUACAAACAAGAUGUAUCAGAUUUGAAUCUGGUUUUCUCGGUUGAUCAAGAUGUUAUGGGAAAGAUUGUUACUCAUGAGUUACAUCCUGGUGGAAAAGGACGUGGUGUUACUGAUCAUAAUAAAAUCAUAUACAUCCAUUAUAUGGCCUACUUUCAUAUGCAUACGCAAAUACGUGAACAAACAGCUGCUUUCAAUCGUGGAUUCCGUAGCAUUGUUAACCCCGAAUGGUUGUCUCUAUUUUCUGCCCCUGAACUGCAAAGACUUAUAUCCGGGGAUACGGUUCCAUUAGAUUUGAGAGACUUGCGCAAGCAUACACAAUAUUAUGGAGGAUUUCAUGAUUCUCAUCGGGUCGUUGGAUGGCUAUGGGAUAUUUUAGCUAAAGACUUUACAGAAGAGGAACGAAAAUUAUUUUUAAAGUUUGUAACAAGUUGCUCGAAACCACCUUUACUUGGAUUCGCACAUUUGGAGCCUCCAUUUUCAAUACGUUGUGUUGAGGUAGGCGACGAUGAAGACACUGGCGAUACCAUUGGAAGUGUUAUUCGUGGCUUUUUUACAAUUCGCAAAAAAGAUCCUCUCAAUAGACUUCCAACUUCUUCGACUUGUUUUAAUUUACUAAAAUUACCAAACUAUCAAAAGAAGUCCACACUUAGGGACAAGCUUCGCUAUGCUGUUUGUAGUAAUACUGGAUUUGAACUUUCAUAGUCGUGCAAUAGAGAAAAAGUAUUUGGACACAUCUUGUUGAUUUUUUCUCAAAAAAAGACACUGCAUGUCUUCUUGUUUGGACAUAAUCUACUCAUAAAAUUAUUUAUUAAUAAUAACAUUAUAAUAUGAAUGUACAUAUUGGUUAUGUAUCUGUGAUAGAUUAAAUUGUGUUAUUAAAAGUGAAUGUAUAUAAAAGAUUACAAAAUAUGUUUGUAAGGAUAAAAUUUAAAAAAAAUUGUAGGUAUACAUAAUUAUAUAAGCAAAUAAUA